GGCUCCUCGCUAGACGCGUGGAGUUGCUCUCCAACAAUAGAAAUUGGUGCGUACCAUUGGUCUCUAAGAUAGGUGAAUAUCAUAGGGACUUACAAUGUCAAUAUGAUAUGUUCUUCUUUUCAUUGACUGAACACAGUUUUCUCGCAUGUGGAUCAAUAUAUAUGGAUUAAUUCAUCUUCAAAUUGGUCUUCAACUUAACUUCGCUCGUUGUACUGUCUGUUAAAAUUAUAUUGUGCCCCCGGAUCUCUUCUGGAUGGGAAUUGUGCCUUCUUCCUCUGCUGCUAACGGGAUUCAUUUCGGCCGGUCUAUGGUAUCCACAGCAUGGAAGGGGGCUGGAUGUUUGAUUUGAUAGAAACAGCCGCGUGCACUGUACUGCAGUAGAGAUGGCAAGAAAAUAGGAGGAAUCGAACAGACAUUUCAGGAGUGGUAGGCCUGGCUGAGGUAUCCCAGGAUGCCGUUGGUUAAGCGGAGUAUCGAGCCCAGGCACCUGUGCCACACCGUGCUGCCGCGGGCCAUCAAGAACGAACUGGAGUGUGUGACCAAUGUCUCGCUGGCCAAUGUCAUCCGACAGCUCAGCAGCCUUAGUAAGUAUGCAGAGGACCUGUUUGGGGAGCUCUUCAACGAGGCCCACUCCUUCUCCUUCAGGGUCAACUCCCUCCAGGAGCGCGUGGACCGCCUCUCUAUCAGCGUCACACAGCUGGACCCUAAAGAAGAGGAGCUAUCUCUCCAGGACAUUACGAUGAGGAAGGCCUUCAGGAGCUCCACCAUUCAGGACCAGCAACUGUUUGCUCGCCAGUCGCUGCCCAUCCCCCUGCAGGAGACCUUUGACCUUUGUGAGCAGCCACCACCCCUCAACAUCCUCACUCCCUACAGGGAUGAUGGAAAGGAGGGGCUGAAGUUCUACACCAACCCAUCAUACUUCUUUGACCUGUGGCGAGAAAAGAUGUUGCAGGACACGGAGGACAAAAGGAAAGAGAAGAGGAAACAAAAGCUGGAAUUGCCUUUUCAUAUGUGGCCGGAGGGCCUUAUCAGAGUCCCCUCUGAACCCUCUCCCCUCCUCGCCCCCCCAGAGUUGCAGGACCCCCGCAUGUAUGAUCAGGUCUAUAGGUACUUAGACCUCCCAGGCCAGGUGAGGGGAAACGACCGCACUCUGGAGGCUGAAAAGGUACCGCGGGCACCUCACGACCGGAAGAAGGAGUGGCAGAAACUGGCCCUGGGGGCGGAGCUUGCUGAAGAAGACCCAGAGGAAGCCUUGAAACACAGGGAGCCCAACGGUUCAGCUGCCUACCACGACAGGUCUGGAGCACCCCUGUACCUGGACGGGAUGGACGGGCCAUUCUCUCUGGCAGCGCUGCCCUACAGCCAGAUGAAUGAGCUGCUGAACAGACCCGGGGACAGAAUGUACACACGACCCCACGACCCCCCACCACCGCCCCCCAUGCACCCACUGGGCGACAUCAAACCCCCCUCUAUGAUCAGCUCCAGUUCAGGUUUCUCAGACAGCAGACCUCAGUCUCCUGCACAGACACACGGCUUCAGCUCCAACACCCCUCCCCCUCCUCCUCCCCCCUUGCCACCUCCGCCUCCCCCCUUGCCGUCCAUGUCUGGCUCUGGCCAGCGGGGCACCCCUCCUCCCCCCAUCCCUCCCCUACCCAUCCAGCAGCAGCCCCCGGCCAUCCCCCCGCCCCCCACCCUCCAGAUCGCCCCGGGCGUCCUCCACCCGGCCCCUCCCCCUGUGGCCCCUCCCCUCCACCUGUCCUCCCCAGCCCGCCUCCAGCAGGUCCUGGACAAGGGCCCGCCCCCCGGCCAAUUAGAUUGCACCUUGCUGCCCCCUCCACCUCCUCCACCUCCUCUGCCCCUCCCAGGCGCACGGAGCUCCUCCCCCUGCCCGCCAGGCCCACCCCCCCCGCCUUCCUUCCUGUCCGGAGCUGUGGCAUCCCCGCUCUCUCAUUCAAGCGGGAAGAAACAUGCUGCCUGCCUGCCACCCAUCAGCGACGCACGCAGCGUCCUGUUGGAGGCAAUUCGCAAAGGUAUCCAGCUCCGAAAGGUUGAGGAGCAGAGAGAGCAGGAGGCGGCCAAACACGAGCGGGUUGGGAACGACGUGGCUACAAUCCUGUCCCGACGCAUUGCCGUCGAGUACUCAGACUCCGAGGAUGAGUCUGAGUUUGAUGAGGGAGACUGGAUAGAGUGAGGGGGGGGGCAGGGCAGAGGUCAAAACUGUGGUUCGGCUAUACCCCCUUCAGAGAUGUCAGAAAUCCGUAAUUCCCGCUGCUAUUCUCUGUCAGUUCUGUUUUACUCCCUCCUCUGUCCUACACUGCUCUACCUUUUUCUCUCUCUCUCAUCUCUUCUCUCUCUCUCUCUCAUUUAGUGUUUUCUAUGGAGGUUGUAAUGUUUGGAGGAAAAACGUCACGUCUGUUUGGCCUGUUCUUGUCAGUAGAUGUUUUUGUACUCAUUUUCUACAAGACUACAUAUCGUUCCAUUGCUCUCAUUUUCUCUUGCUCCUUCAUCCUUCAGUUGGAUGAAAUCCCCCUUGUGUACGGUUGUUUCAUAAAUGAAAAAGAACAGUUUUUCCAAGUUUUAUCAGUAACCUUUUAGAAACUGUUGAUUAAGAACCACUUGUUUUUUUAUUUCCUGUUUGUUCCUCGCUGUUGUGUAUUAAUAUAACAAGGUGGCAUGACGCUUCUGUCCUUAGUUCUCAUAUUAUCCUGCCCCCUGGUGGGCCAAAGUGGAGGUGAAGGAAUUCGGUAUUUUUAUAUCUGUACUGGUAGUUUCAUUUCCUAACAUAAAAAAGAUGCAGUUUUUAAAUGAGCCACUUGUUGCCAAUAUGAACCACUUGAAAGAUGGUAGCCAUCCUAAAUAGUAGUCAGCUGUGGCUAUUUGCUGAGGGGCUGAACCAGUGUUGUUCGUUGUUUUCAUUUUAUCAGGAUUAACUUAUCACCUCAGAACAAGUUAAAGAUUGUGAUGAUGUUAUGUGAUGAUUGUUGUAUGAUUGUGAUGAUGAUGAAGAGAAGAUGAAGGACAGCAGUGAGACAUUAGAAGGAAGUUAUUUAGUGAUGUGAGCUAAUCUACAUUCAGCGUGUCUAUCCAAAGUUUGGAUAAAUGUGUAUGGGGAGGUAUCUGAGUAUAUGUCCUAAAACAGCCCCCUAAUGCAUCUUGGCAAACAUAGACAUGUCAGUGAAAUAUGGAACUUUAUGGUAUACACAACUAGAUUAGUGUCUGACCAAUAGGAACCUCUUUAAAGUAUUGUCUGACCAAUAGGAACCACUUAACCAUAGUGUCAGAUCAUUAAGAACCACUUUUCCACAGUGUCUGACCAAUAAAAGAAAAUGACCACAGUGUCUGACCAAUAGGAACCACUUAACCAGUGUCUGACCAAUAGAAACCAAUAAUUAGUAGUGUCUGACCAAUAGCAACCACUUUAUCGAACCGAUAUCAAAGGCAGCUUAUAUCCCAGGGUCCCCCUCUCAAUGUGCUAAUGAGAAGCCUUACCUCGUUUGACUUUUAACAGUUACUAUGAAGAAUUUCAAUAAAUGAACGUCAAUGACCUGUGUUCCUGCUGCCAGGCAGGGCCAUUGCUGAAAAAUAAGGAUUAAUCUGCCUUCACGGCUCCCUUUGAAGAUGUCUGCCGUCCUUUUCUCUCUUUCUCUGUUCGUUCUUUUGUUUGUUCUUCUACUUGCCUUAUUGUUUGUACAGGUGUAUCGUUGAGUUAAUGAAUGUAUUGUGCUGUUACUACUUUUGCCUGCGCUUGUAUGAUCUAGCUGUUUCUAUGUUUGGGGAGCGGGAAAGGACGAAGCAUACCCUGGUUUAAAACAAAACUAAUAAUAAUCAAAGCUAGGAUUCAUUCAAACCCGUCAUUGCAAUGUUUUACGCUGUCUUCACAAUUUUCAUCCCAUGCUCACAUGCUAAUUCUGAAAAGUGAAAACAUACCUGUGAGAGGGGUGCCCAGCUGUAGUUGUAGGUUUUUAUACAGUACCCAAGACCAGUCUGUGAGUUAUUACAACCACUGAAAAAAAAAAAAAAGAGCUACUGUGUAAAUACUGCAUUGCGGGUUUGAUUGAAUGGAUCCCUAAUGCUGUAUAACAUGUAACUUAUGUAACUGUUGACUAACAGUUUGCUUCAAUUAAUAAAAGCUAAUGUUAUGUUUCAG